AUGGUAGAUGCGGCUGCGGGAGGCAUUUUAAUGGCUAAAACAGCAGAGGCUACAUAUACUUUAUUGGAUGACAUAGCCACGAACAAUUACCAAUGGCCAAGUGAGAGAUCGAGUGUAAAGAAAGUAGCAGGACUUCAUGAAGUGGAUCCCAUCACCGCACUAGCAGCUCAGGUUGCAUCACUCACAAAUCAGAUAGUCACGCUUACCACUCAAGGAAACCAACAGAAAAUAGAUUCAGUCAUGAGUACUUCUUCUUCACACCAAGAGCCAGAUGUUGCAAACGAGCAGGCCCAAUAUGUCGACAGUAGAAACUACAAUCAAAGAGGAAGCUACCAAGCUAAUCACUAUCAUCCAGGGCUGAGGAAUCACGAGAACUUGUCAUAUGGCAACAAUAGAAACACACGUCAACAUCCACCCGGAUUCAACACUCAGAAAUCUGAUGGGAAACCACCCUUGGAAGACAUCCUUGGGACGUUCAUUUCUGAGACAAGAUCAUGCUUCAACAAAAAUGAAUUACGGUUAGAUAAUAUUGAAACACAUGUGUCCAACAUGGGAGCUACAAUGAAGAAUCUGGAAGUGCAAAUUGGCCAAUUGGCUACCUCAAUGAAGUCUCAGCAAAAAGGAAAAUUUCCCAGUGACACUGAGGUUAACCCACGGGAACACUGCAAUGUGAUCACCCUAAGGAGUGGUAAAAUGGUUGAAGAAAGCAAACCUAAGAAAAUUGUGGUGCCUACGUCGGAUGUCAUAGUUACAGAGAAAAGGCAGAGUGAAAGGUAG